CCUCGGCUCCCGCCGCCCCGCCGGCCGCACUUUCCGCCCUCGCCUAUACCCGCGCCACCCCCGCGCUCCACUCCCUCCGGCCCGCGUGCCUCGACCGGCCCCGCCGCCCUAGCCUCCGUCGCAGCCGCCGCCGCCGCGCUCCGGACUCGGCAGGCUGCACACCCCGCGGUCGCUCCAGCCUCCUGGUCCCCGAGAGCCCGCGCUCCCGGCGCCGCCGCCACGGCCAAGGGGGCCACGCGCAGCCAAAGCGCCGCCGCCUCUCGCCCACCGCCCACCAUGGCCCAGCAGCAAACAGGUAGCAGGAAGCGGAAAGCGCUCGCGCUCCAGGAGGGCGCCUCGAACUCAGCAGCAGCGGCGGACGGAGGGGGGCCGCUGCUGCCCAAAAAGAAGCGGCGGGCGGCGCAGAACUCGCUGGUGCACUACCUGAAGGACCGCGAGGUGGGCGCUGGCGGCGCGGGGCGCGCGGUCUCCGAGGGCCAGCUGCGCGCCUACGCGGUGCAGAAGCUGCCCGAGCUGCUGAGGGAGCGCGAGCUGACCCUGGGCACCCUCAACAAGGUGUUCGCGUCGCAGUGGCUGAACGCCAGGCAGGUGGUGUGCGGCACCAAGUGCAACACGCUCUGCGUGGUGGACGUGCAGUCAAGCCAGGUCACGCGCAUCCCGCUUAUGCGGGACCGGGGUCCGGGGCCGGCGCGCGCCCAGCCGAGUUGCGGUAUCCACGCCAUCGAGCUGAACCCUUCCAAGACACUUCUGGCCACCGGGGGCGAGAACCCCAACAGCCUGGCUGUCUACCGGCUGCCCACCCUGGACCCCGUGUGCCUGGGCGACCGCCACGGCCACAAGGAUUGGAUCUUCGCCAUCGCCUGGAUGAGCGACACAGUGGUCGUGAGCGGUUCCCGCGACGGCACUGUGGCGCUGUGGCGGAUGGACCCCGACGUGAUCAGUGGCAGCGUCGCCUGGCACAACGACGCGGGGUUCCCGGUGUAUGCCCACAUCCGUCCUAAGGACGUGGAGUCCAUCCCCAGGGCCAACACCAACCCUAGUAGCCGCAAGGUGCGGGCCCUGGCCUUCAGCGGCAAGAACCAGGAGCUGGGAGCGGUGUCCCUGGACGGCUACUUCCACCUGUGGAAAGCCCGGAGCACCCUGUCCAGGCUGCUGUCCAUCAGGCUGCCCUACUGCCGGGAGAACGUGUGCCUGACUUACUGCGAUGAGUUGUCGCUCUACGCGGUGGGCUCCCAGUCUCACGUCUCCUUCCUGGAUCCGCGCCAGCGCCAGCAUAACAUCCGGCCCCUGUGCUCGCGAGAGGGCGGCACAGGUGUGCGCUCGCUGAGCUUCUAUGAGCGCAUCAUCACCGUGGGCACGGGCCAUGGCGCCCUGCUCUUCUAUGACGUUCGCGCCCAGAAGUUUCUGCAGGAGGGGUUCUCGGCCAGCCUGGACUCCUCUCCCGGGCCCGCCCAGAGGAAGCUCAAGCUCACCUGUGGCAGAGGUUGGCUCAACCACGAUAACCUGUGGGUGAACUACUAUGGUGGCGUUGACGAGUUCCCCAACGCGCUCUACACCCACUGCUACAACUGGCCCGAGAUGAAGCUCUUCGUGGGUGGGGGGCCUCUGCCCUCCGGCCUCCACGGGAACUAUGCAGGCCUCUGGAGCUGAGGAUGCUUCUCUGUUCUGAGAGCCCAGGUUUACCUUCAGUCUCCUCCUCUUCCUUCUUCACGCUGUUUGUGCUUUUAACUCUGUGGACUUUUGUCUUCCAAGUGGAAAGGGUCCAACUUAACCUGUGCUUAGUAUGUAUGAGGCAGAGAGAAAGCAGAAGUGGUCAUUUGGGCAGUCAAAGCAUGGUUUAAGAAUUUUCUGCACCUCCUCUAAAUUUCAUCUUUUUGUCCUUACAAAGAAUUUUGGCUAAUCUUUGCAUUCUCCGAGUGAUUCACAUGUGCUCUUUGGGCUGAUGCAGUCAUUUCUCCCACUACAAUUCAGUACUUUAUUUUACUAGUAUUUCAACAGUAUGAUCGAGUCUUUUACGUAUUUCAGAUGUGUGGUAAUUUGGGAAAAUGUGUGUUGAAAAGUGUAAUUGGGGUUGGUCUGAGGAACUACCCAUCAUACAGCAAGGCAGGUUUAUAGCCCUGCUCCAAUUAGUGCAUUUCAAGUUCUAGAUUGCCAUCAUUUGGGGCUUGUUUCAUUUGGAUGUUGGAAACUCAGUGUUUGUUGUUUGUAUGUUUUUGGUACAUAAAAUACUUCAAAAAUAUGUUUUUGUAAGAAAUCUCACAAUGACAUUCAUUCUAUUAAUCACAAUUUUGAUUUAUUCAAUAAAAUUUAGCAUCAAUACCCCCAGGCCCUUAGUCUUCUUGUUUAAAGCUGCUGUAUUAUGGCCUUCUUUCUUGGGUGGCAUUUAUGCUACAGAUUUUCAGAGGUAAUCAAAACUGGCCAAUAUAUGGCAGGACAAUCAAGUAGGUACUUUUUGUAGUAAACAUUUCUUUAAACUUUAGGUAACACUAUCCAGACAGCCAUUUACAAAGAAA